GCGCCUAUAGCAUAUUGGCUGGCGAUGGAACGAGGUCUGGGGAUCCAUUCUCAUUCCACAUCGUGCUGUCUGAAGCAUAGAGGAAUCGCCACUCUCCUGAAGCGAAGUCAUGGCCAAGUGGGGGAUCUUCGUCAUACUAUGGAUGGCCCUCCUCGCCUCCAUUUCGGCUGAUCACGACCCGCGGAUGCGUCGAGCUGAAGUUGUGGUGCGCAAAGCGAAUUCAUCGUCGUCUGGAAGCUUCGACCAAGAGCUGACGAGCCCAGGCGAGCUUACGCGCGCGAUUUCCAAGCUCAAGGACCACAUUCGGUGCUUCAAGAGUCUGUUCAACGCGGAAAAGUGUAUCAUCUUGGCGACUAAACCCUCGUGAGCAAGGAGGUAGGCAUCAUAAUCCCACGCGUCCAGAACUAAUGUCAUACCUCCAUUCGCUCGAAGAUGGACUUGUUCGAUUGCCUCGUACGACGAGGCUGCGCUCAUAGCCUACAGCCGACGGAAGCACCACCUCGAACAUAUAACUUCCUAUCGCUGGUAAAACCUCUUAACAACUCUUCAAUUUCCAUC